ACUUGCUGCCAAUAUGCCGAGACUGAAGCCGUCGGCCCGUGAGCGCGCAAGGCUGGUUUGCAUGCAUUGCCAUUCUAGAAAGGUCAAAUGCGACUUGAUGACCUCGUCAGACGGUGUUUGUCACCAGUGUCGUGUAUAUGGAGUCUUAUGCGAACCCCGACCUCGUCAAGCACCACGAGCCGCAGCUAGACGGAAUCCUGAACAUCUUGCAAACCACCAACGUCUACCCACGCCGUCUCAUGUAUCACCCAUAUCGUUAGCUGGCGUCUCCGAUACCCGUCAACCCACCGACUCUCAGCCAUCGAGACGUAAUGGUGACCCUGUCACAAGUCCGGAGCACCUGUCUCAAACGGGACCUUCCGCACGAAGCGAAGUGGUAAUUGGCGAUUCAUCUUUCUUGACCGGCUUAUGGUCCUCAGCCGACGAGUUAUCUGGCGCCAGUUUCUCUGACCAGGUUGGUCAAAGAGUGCUCGAAGUGAGUGGCGCGAACAAGCUUCCGUCCAGUUUCAUGCUCGAGGCGUCGAUUGAGUACUAUGAGAAUCGCGCCUCCCUUUAUUUGCCAGUCCUUGACCCAGGCGACCUAUCCGGGGCAGAGCAGUCGUCGUUACUGCUGAAGUAUGGAAUCUGUCUCGUUGGAGCUGUCAUAAGACAACCCCGCGAACCACUUGAGCUGUCCGACGCCGACCAGUACUACACCAGAGUCAAAGGCCUCCUCUUCGCCAAUCACGAACAAAACUUCCUCACUGUUCUUAAAGUCCUGUGCCUCAUGCUGAUCUGGAAUAUCAAAGGCCCCACUGGUCUCACGCUGGAUGGCACCUGGCAUUGGUUGUCCGUUGCUGCAAACCUCAUGUUCCAGAUGGGUUUGCAUAAGGAUUCCACUUACGCCCAGAAACCACAAUCCGGUAUUGCACGUCGUAUAGCGUGGACUAUCUUCAUGGUGGACAAGAUGAUGGCCUGCGCCUUCGUUCGGCCCUGUCUCGUUAAACCACAAGACUUCACAGUCAGCCCGUUGUCGUUGGCUGACUAUCCUAACACCGAUAUGAAGUGUGUCAUCAACAUGUCUUUGGUAAAGCUUUCAUUGAUUCUUCACAAAACUCACGACUUGGCGAGUUUGACUCCCGAGGCUCUCCCACUCGAGAGUCAAAGCAUUCUCGAAUCCCUCCAGGAUUUUAUUCAGAGCCUGCCUUCCCAGAUCCGUUUGUACUCGCCAGAGGGACGCAAAAAGUACCGCUGGGAAAUUUUCGAAGUUCACAUUCUGUAUUUUGUGGCCAUCAUCAACUAUUGCCAUCAAUACGAGAGGGUUUCACUGACUUCCACGGGCUCCUUUCACGCACUGGUAGCGUCGUCUUGUAUUGCGCGGUUGUACGAGGAGAUGAACUGCCGCGACGACGUCAACCAUCUCUGGGCUUUCCACAAUUGGUACGUGAUGGUUGCUUCGGCGCCGUUGCUGGGUUCCAGCUGUGAGACUGAAGAAGAACGUGACAUCUCCCGGCAGGAGCUCGACAUCCUGGAAAUCACUUUGAGUAUACUGCGGAAAAAGUGGCACGGCGCUGGUGUGGUCCAAAAUACCAUCAUGCGGCUGCGGCGAAAGGACUCCGGAGAUUGUGUCCCUCCGACUUCGCGUCAUUCAGCCUCCGCGGUUCCAGUGCAUAUGGUCCAUGACCUGUUCCCAUUUCCCCAGUCACUUGCCCCACGGUUGAAGAUGUUGGGACAGCAAUACACCCACUCAGCAUUCGUCCUGGAUGAAGUGGAAUAUCAACACCAUCUAGAUGUCGACAUUAGCUGGGUGUUUGAUGAAUUCGCCGACUCGAAUAAUCCCUCAAUUUUUGACACGAACGAUAUAUUCAACCCUGAGCCCUCGAUGAACUUGGAAUUGUUAUCGUAGCAGUUUCAUUACGAUGUUUGGCAGACCCGGACGCAUACUCCUGCUUCUUCAUCUACCUGGAAACAUAACCUAUCACCAGGCUCAGACAAUGUGCUGGCCACAUCCAGGUAUCAACCCGGACAGUUAACCGAUGGAUUUCGAUCUCUGGUCGGAGGCUUGGAGGCUUGGAGGCUUG